AUGGCGAUAUUGUCUGUUGAGAAUUAUUUCAAUGAAAAAAUCGCAGCUGAUUGGAUGAAUGUCCUAGCACCGUAUUCUGUUCAUAUCUCUGUUUUGUACCUCGUAUUGAUAUACUGGGGUAAGCAGUACAUGGCUUCAAGGAAGCCAUUCAACAUGCGCCGCUUAUUAUUUACCUGGAGUUUAACAUUGGCAGGUUUUAGCUUUAUCGGUACAAUCGCUCUUGGUUCUUAUGUACUUUCUAGUUGGUAUUAUCAUGGUUUUACCUACUCGGUUUGUGAUCGCACUAGUUGGAAAGGAAGUGGAGGAUUAUGGGCGUUUCUAUUUGGUUUGUCAAAAUUGCCAGAAUUAGGCGACACCUUCUUUAUUGUAGUGCGCAAAACACCUCUACCAUUUCUCCAUUAUUACCAUCAUAUCACUGUUUUUAUAUAUUGUUGGUAUAGUCUAAGAGACCUUAUCGCACCAGGCCGUUGGUUUGCUGCUAUCAACUUUCUUGUUCAUACGGUAAUGUACACCUAUUAUGCCAUUAAAUCGACCGGAAUGUACCGACCUCCCAAAUGGAUCAAUAUGGCAAUUACCACUCUACAACUUUCUCAGAUGAUUGUCGGUUGUAUAGUUAACACAUGGGCAUACACUGUCUUGAAAUCUGGUCAACGCUGUGGUACUACAUGGUCUAACCUUAGAUGGUCCCUUAUUAUGUAUUCAUCGUAUUUCCUCCUUUUCGCUCAUUUCUUCUAUCAGACUUACUUUGUUAAUGCCAACCGCUGGAAAAUAGCCCAAAAACAGAAAGAACAGAAGAUGAAGGCAGCAGCAAGCAGUCAGAGUGAAACUGCUAAAUAA